AUUACAUCCAUAAUAUAAUAUAUCGAAUAUCAAAUGUGUAUAUUAGUAUUGACACACCUGUACUAUUGUUCUGUGCUACAGUCAGUAGUAUUGUUAUGUGUACUACUUUAGGCUACACCAAAGAGUAGUAUAAUAAUACGGUUUACACUUUAUUACGAGUUGUAUGGAAUGAAGUAAUACAUUUCGAUUUACGUGUGUUACUAUGCAUCGUGUAUCGAGUUUUUUAAUAUUAUGUGAAUUAGUCUCAUGAGUAUAAAUAGAUGAAUCAUUGUGUUGUGUUCUUUUAAACUAUAUAAAUUUAAAUUCAUUGUUUAUAUUCUUGUACAUGUGUAAAUAUAAAACGUGCUUACGACCAUAGCAAAAACUUAUAAAAUACACAACGGACAUUGUGAAUACAGUUAUCAAGCAAAAUAAGUUAUGAAUUUUAAAAUGUUGUUUAAGUUCAAUCAUAUGCUUCUGUUAUUGAUUAUCUUUAACAAUGUGAAUUUUAUAUCUACUGAACCUUUAUCUAUAAUCUUAGGGGGUUCAGUGAUUAUGGGCAGUUGGUUAGGCUGGGAUACUAUCAAAACAAAUACUAUCUGUCGUUACACAGAGUGUUGUAAUGAUCAAUAUGUACCAUAUAAUUUAAACAAAUUAAAACAGUUAUUUUCACAAAAACUGUUUGGUCAACCACUAGUCAAUGAGUUAAUUAGUAUCCUAAGUGCCCAUAAAGAGGGACUAUCAAAUGAAGGCAACCGAAAUAAAAAAGCUUUAGUUAUAAGUUUACAUGGUUGGUCUGGUGUUGGAAAAAAUUAUGCUACAAGUAUGAUAGCCGAAUCUCUCUAUGAAAAGGGUAUUCACAGCAGAUUUGUGAAGAUUUUCAUGGGAAAAAAAGACUUUGAUUGUACAGACAUACAAAAUACUCAGAUGAAGCUAAUACAAGAAGUAAAACUUCUUGUGAUGAAUUGUCCAACUUCCCUAAUUGUUUUUGAUGAAAUACAUGAAAUGUGUCCAUCAGUAUUAGAUGCAAUAAAGCCUAUGUUAGACCAUCACCAAACAGUUGAUGGUAUAGAUUUUAGGGAUAGUGUAUUUAUUUUUAUUUCCAAUAUUGGUGGAAAAGAAAUUGCAAGCAAUUUAUUAGAAUUAUAUGGUCAAGGUGUAAAUAGAAAUGAAGUUGAUUUUCAUCAUUUUGAACCAAUUAUAAGGAGGACAGCUUACAGUACAGGUGGUUUUGAAAAAUCAGCUACAAUUGCUCAGCACUUGAUUGAUCAUUAUAUUCCAUUCCUGCCUUUGGAACAACAUCAUGUUGAGAAAUGUGCACUAGCCGAGUUUCAGGCACAUGGUAUUUACCAUCCAACUGAAGAGAUGAUGGCUGAUGCUUUGUCAGUCAUCACAUAUGGGCCUACAGAAGAUCAACCUAUAUUUGCAAAUAAUGGGUGCAAAAGAUUUACAAAACAAAUACCAUAUAUAAUACAAAAAAAUAAGGCAAAAAGUGAAUUAUAAUAAUUAUAAAACAUUUUACAAUAUGACAAUGUGAUGUAUUAAGAAAAAGUCAAGCUUCAAAAGCUUAUAAUUUAGUCAUGUCGUUAUUCCAACUGUCAUGUACCUGUGGAUUUUAGUUUAGUGUUUUUUUUACAAUUUUUUAAAACUCACAAUUUACUCCUUUUAAUGAAAGUGCAAUGCAAAGCAUUUCUAUUGUUAUGGAAAAAUGGAAUAAUCCUCUUAUCACUUUCAUCUUUUCUUUUCAAUCUAAUUCAUCAACAUUUUAUUGUAAAUAUAAUUUAAUUUAUGGGUUAAAUACAUGUUAUGUCAUUAU